AUGAAGAUUAUCAACCGAUUCCUCCCUUUCCUCGUUGCUACUAGAAUGGUCUUAGCUGUGCCAGUGACCCAGCUUCCUGCCGACCUUGACUAUAGUGCCCACGAUUUAGUGGCCUACGGCUCAGAUCAGGUUGAGCUUCGCAGUCGCAAUAUAGCGAAUCCUCUGGAGGCACGAAUCGACUGUCAAAGAAUCGGCAACACCAUCCUGAGAAUUGGUACUAGCGCUGCAGUAGUUGCAUUUGUGCACCUAGGAACCGACUAUGCCGCAUAUGUUUGUGAACAAGAAGCCGCAGAACGCUGUGUUAGAUAUGUUGGCUACGUGCAACACGCUCUGGAUGCUAUCUUCCUUGUUAUGGGCUAUAUGCAUGGGUCGGUGGGCACUUCUACGACCAACCAGCAGCAGUCCUUUGAAAGUGGCUCGGUGCGGCGCGACCUCCCUUCGAACACUAUGUGGGACGCUCUUGGCCCAGCUCUUCAGAGUGAUGGUUGGAAGUUUGACACCAUGGAGCAAAUCGACGUUUCUAACGUAAGCCUUACCAAGCGGGAUUCUGAUCCUUCACUUGUCCAUCGCUCUAUUGCCCGAAAUGUGGCAGUUGACGACCAAGGAAAUACUUCUGAUAUCGCAUUCAACUUUUUCGAUAAUGGGGACUUGAAUUUACACUUUGCCGGUGACUUUGGACAUCUUCCUUCCGGCAUCGAUCAAAGCGCCACUAUGCACCGACGCUUUGACGGUGCCGGGUUCAAGAUCGCAGCUACGACACGUGUGCAAUCGAAGCUGACUCGAGACCACGAAAGAAGCAUGGCGUACUACAUUGCACAGGAUUGGGCAAAUGAUGCGUACAGAAUGUCGAUGUCUGAUUAUAUCGGACUGGUGAAGACCGAUCACACUGCCAACUUCUACUUCCGUAUCAUCCCUGAGAUCAAGGGUUUCGGUCUGAACUACGAAAGCGUCAACAUCUGCGGCCAGCUGGCGCCAUUCCUAUAA